AUGUUCUCCUUCCUUACCUCCAAACACACACUCCUUUCCUCACUGAGAUGCAAAACGUGGUUGACAGCAAACAACGUCACAACAGCAUAUGUACUGCCAGCAGACAUCUGUGUGGUGGUGGGAGAGGUUGAAAACAAGAACACAACAGCAUAUGUACUGCCAGCAGACAUCUGUGUGGUGGUGGGAGAGGUUGAAAACAAGAACACAACAGCAUAUGUACUGCCAGCAGACAUCUAUGUGGUGGUGGGAGAGGUUGAAAACAAGAACACAACAGCAUAUGUACUGCCAGCAGACAUCUAUGUGGUGGUGGGAGAGGUUGAAAACAAGAACACAACAGCAUAUGUACUGCCAGCAGACAUCUAUGUGGUGGUGGGAGAGGUUGAAAACAAGAACACAACAGCAUAUGUACUGCCAGCAGACAUCUGUGUGGUGGUGGGAGAGGUUGAAAACAAGAACACAACAGCAUAUGUACUGCCAGCAGACAUCUGUGUGGUGGUGGGAGAGGUUGAAAACAAGAACACAACAGCAUAUGUACUGCCAGCAGACAUCUGUGUGGUGGUGGGAGAGGUUGAAAACAAGAACACAACAGCAUAUGUACUGCCAGCAGACAUCUGUGUGGUGGUGGGAGAGGUUGAAAACAAGAACACAACAGCAUAUGUACUGCCAGCAGACAUCUAUGUGGUGGUGGGAGAGGUUGAAAACAAGAACACAACAGCAUAUGUACUGCCAGCAGACAUCUAUGUGGUGGUGGGAGAGGUUGAAAACAAGAACACAACAGCAUAUGUACUGCCAGCAGACAUCUAUGUGGUGGUGGGAGAGGUUGAAAACAAGAACACAACAGCAUAUGUACUGCCAGCAGACAUCUGUGUGGUGGUGGGAGAGGUUGAAAACAAGAACACAACAGCAUAUGUACUGCCAGCAGACAUCUAUGUGGUGGUGGGAGAGGUUGAAAACAAGAACACAACAGCAUAUGUACUGCCAGCAGACAUCUAUGUGGUGGUGGGAGAGGUUGAAAACAAGAACACAACAGCAUAUGUACUGCCAGCAGACAUCUGUGUGGUGGUGGGAGAGGUUGAAAACAAGAACACAACAGCAUAUGUACUGCCAGCAGACAUCUGUGUGGUGGUGGGAGAGGUUGAAAACAAGAACACAACAGCAUAUGUACUGCCAGCAGACAUCUGUGUGGUGGUGGGAGAGGUUGAAAACAAGAACACAACAGCAUAUGUACUGCCAGCAGACAUCUGUGUGGUGGUGGGAGAGGUUGAAAACAAGAACACAACAGCAUAUGUACUGCCAGCAGACAUCUAUGUGGUGGUGGGAGAGGUUGAAAACAAGAACACAACAGCAUAUGUACUGCCAGCAGACAUCUGUGUGGUGGUGGGAGAGGUUGAAAACAAGAACACAACAGCAUAUGUACUGCCAGCAGACAUCUAUGUGGUGGUGGGAGAGGUUGAAAACAAGAACACAACAGCAUAUGUACUGCCAGCAGACAUCUGUGUGGUGGUGGGAGAGGUUGAAAACAAGAACACAACAGCAUAUGUACUGCCAGCAGACAUCUAUGUGGUGGUGGGAGAGGUUGAAAACAAGAACACAACAGCAUAUGUACUGCCAGCAGACAUCUGUGUGGUGGUGGGAGAGGUUGAAAACAAGAACACAACAGCAUAUGUACUGCCAGCAGACAUCUAUGUGGUGGUGGGAGAGGUUGAAAACAAGAACACAACAGCAUAUGUACUGCCAGCAGACAUCUAUGUGGUGGUGGGAGAGGUUGAAAACAAGAACACAACAGCAUAUGUACUGCCAGCAGACAUCUGUGUGGUGGUGGGAGAGGUUGAAAACAAGAACACAACAGCAUAUGUACUGCCAGCAGACAUCUAUGUGGUGGUGGGAGAGGUUGAAAACAAGAACACAACAGCAUAUGUACUGCCAGCAGACAUCUGUGUGGUGGUGGGAGAGGUUGAAAACAAGAACACAACAGCAUAUGUACUGCCAGCAGACAUCUAUGUGGUGGUGGGAGAGGUUGAAAACAAGAACACAACAGCAUAUGUACUGCCAGCAGACAUCUGUGUGGUGGUGGGAGAGGUUGAAAACAAGAACACAACAGCAUAUGUACUGCCAGCAGACAUCUAUGUGGUGGUGGGAGAGGUUGAAAACAAGAACACAACAGCAUAUGUACUGCCAGCAGACAUCUAUGUGGUGGUGGGAGAGGUUGAAAACAAGAACACAACAGCAUAUGUACUGCCAGCAGACAUCUAUGUGGUGGUGGGAGAGGUUGAAAACAAGAACACAACAGCAUAUGUACUGCCAGCAGACAUCUGUGUGGUGGUGGGAGAGGUUGAAAACAAGAACACAACAGCAUAUGUACUGCCAGCAGACAUCUAUGUGGUGGUGGGAGAGGUUGAAAACAAGAACACAACAGCAUAUGUACUGCCAGCAGACAUCUAUGUGGUGGUGGGAGAGGUUGAAAACAAGAACACAACAGCAUAUGUACUGCCAGCAGACAUCUAUGUGGUGGUGGGAGAGGUUGAAAACAAGAACACAACAGCAUAUGUACUGCCAGCAGACAUCUAUGUGGUGGUGGGAGAGGUUGAAAACAAGAACACAACAGCAUAUGUACUGAGGUUGAAUAUUAUGGAGAUUUAACUACCGUUUUUCUCUGUC